AUGGUAGGCGAGGGUGUCAGCAGUAUGGUACGCGGAUUCUUUGAGACUGGAGAGUUUGAUGAGAGAAUUAACCAGACGAACAUCUGCUUGAUACCUAAGACAGAUAGACCAGUUACUAUGGCUGAGUUUUGUCCAAUCAGCCUAUGUAAUGUCAGUUACAAGAUCAUAUCAAAUUGCCUGAAGAAAAUUCUACCUGAAAUGAUCUCUGAAACUCAAUCAGCCUUUGUGGCUCGACGGCUGAUAACGAAUAACAUUCUAGUAGCUCAGGAGAUGUUUCAUGCCUUAAGGACGAACGAGAGCUGUAAAUCAAAAUACAUAGCUAUCAAGACGGACAUGAGUAAGGCAUACAAUAGAGUGGAAUGGGGCUUCCUCAAAGCUGCAAUGGAGAGAAUGGGGUUCGACCAGAAAUGGAUCCAUCUGAUCAUGAGUUGCGUCUCGUCGGUCUCGUAUCAAAUUCGGGAAGCAGAAAGCUUACAGAAGAUCACGGGCUUAAAGAUUGCUAGAGCUAGCCCGGCGGUCUCUCAUUUACUCUUCGCUGAUGACAACCUUUUCUUUUGUAAAGCGGAGCCUAAUCAGUGCCAGGAGUUAAUGAGAAUUAUUGAUGUCUAUGGUUACGCCUCAGGACAACAACUGAAUAAAAAAAAAUCUUCAGUUAUGUUCAGUUCUAAGGUCAUAGCGUUCACUAAACAAAACCUGAAAAGGUUAACUGGAAUUAGUAAAGACGGAGGAAUGGGCAUGUAUCUUGGUAUGCCAGAGAAGAUUAGUGGCUCUAAAAACCAAGUGUUCGCGUAUGUUCAAAAUAGGCUAAACUCGAGAGUUAAUACUUGGGAAGCGAGACAUCUCUCUAAAGGAGGCAAGGAAGUUCAAAUCAAAUCAGUAGCGGAAGCAGUCCCAAAAUUUACAAUGUCUUGCUACUUACUGACGCAGGAGACCCAUAAAAAAUUGACUGGAGCCAUCUCGAGAUUCUGGUGGAGUGUUAAAGCUAACAAUAGAGGUCUCCCCUGGGUCACAUGGGACAAGAUUUGCAUACCGCAGGAACAGGGAGGCCUGGGAUUCAGAGACUCUCAAGGCUUUAAUCUAGCCUUAUUAGCUAAACAGCUUAUGGACAGCUCCGUUCUGGAAGAGGGCCUGCAACGUACGAUAGGAACAUGGGAACACACGAAGGUCUGGGAGGACUGUUGGAUCCCAGAUGUGAGAACAAGGCCGACUUUACCAGUUGGAGAUAUGUUCGAUGUCGACCUGAAAGUCCAUCAUUUUAUAGAUUAUGAAUCCAAAACUUGGAAUGAACCACUCCUUAGAGAACUGUUGAGGGCAGAAGACGUAACAAAGAUUCUCAAAAUGAAGCCUAGCCGCCUAGGUAGAAAAGAUGGAUAUACUUGGAGCUUUACAAAAUCUGGAGCAUAUACAGUGAGAGCUGGAUAUGAAGUGACUAAUGACCGACGGAGAGCACUAGGGGAGGCACAGGUUGCAGAGCCUAGUGUUACACACCUGAAGAAAGAGCAGCGAGCAGACUCUGCGAUCGACAUUGUGCAACAGAUAGAUCUUGUCUCCAAUGUGGAGCAGAGGAGGAGACGAUCAACCAUAUCUUAUUUGAAUGUCCCCCCGCAUUGCAAUGCUGGGCCUUAUCUGACAUCCCUACUCUUCCGGGCGUACCCGUGUAGUGCUUUAUUUACAAACAUUGACCACCUCCUGUGGAGAGCAAAGGAACAAGGUGUUCCGAAGGAAACAUUAGAACCCUUCCCUUGGGUUCUGUGGUAUAUAUGGAAGGGAAGCAACAACAAGCUCUUUAAUGGAGUUGACCCCUCUCCACUAGAUACGCUUCAACUUGCAUUGGCUGAGGCAAAUAGUUGGAAAGUGGCGCAGAUCAUCCCUCCUAUUGAGGACGAAACUAUACCGGAAGGGCUAGAAGAGGAGAGCGCCCCUAGCCUGUGGCAGGAAAUGACUGGAUUCCGAUGCCAAGUAGAUGCAUCGUGGGUUCAUGAAGGACAAAAGUCGGGCAUGGGAUUUAUACUGAUGGAUGGAGAAAAGAAAAUUCUCGUGGGAAUGAAGAACUGUCCUAAUCUCACAUCUCCAUUGCAGGCUGAAGCAGAAGGACUAUCUUGGGCUAUGAAGAAGAUGUUAGAAGAGGGUCAUGUCUCUGUGCAUUUUGAAACGGACUGCGCCCAGCUCAUAAAAUUGAUACAAAGCUUAGAAGAAUGGCCAGCUAUGGCGGUAACUAUUGAAGAUAUCCUGAUCAUCUCAAUAGGCUUUGUGCAUUUCUCUAUCUCGUAUCUACCAUGUGGUAAGAACCAACAAGCCGACGGUCUUGCGAAAGCAGCUAGGGCUGGGUCUGAUUGUUUCUCGAUUACUUUUGUUGAGACUCCUGUUUGGCUGGCUCAUGUAGCUAGGCUAUUGGAGUGA